AUGACCGCCGACGCCCCGGCUACCACCAUCGCCAGCCUGCGCGAGUCCCUGUGCUCCGAGGCCACCCCACUUCCUCUGCGUUUCCGCGCCCUCUUCUCGCUCAAGCAUCUCGCCAGGCACGCUGAGACCCCAGCCGAGUCCCAGGAGGCCAUUGAUGCCAUCGCCGCCGGUUUCGCCUCUCCCUCGGCCCUACUCAAGCAUGAACUCGCCUAUUGCUUGGGCCAGUCCGGCAACAUGGAGGCUGCCAAGCCCCUGCGCGCCGUCCUGUCCGAUUUGCACGAGGAUACCAUGUGCCGCCACGAGGCCGCUGAGGCUCUUGGAGCGCUAGGCGACCUGAACAGUCUGGCCCUGUUGAAGCAGUUCAGAGACUCCAAGGAUGAAGACGUAGUCAUUACCGAAACCUGCGAGCUCGCAAUCGACCGUAUCGAGUGGGAGAACUCCGAGGAGAGAAAGAAGGAGAAGUUGCACCAGAGCGACUUUGCAUCGAUAGAUCCUGCCCCUCCCAUGCCUGAGACGUCGCAAACAGUCGACGAUCUUGGAAAGACCCUCAUGGACACAUCCGCUCCUCUCUUCCUCCGAUACAGGGCCAUGUUUGCUCUCCGCGACCUCGCUUCGCCUCCGGAUUUGCCUACUGCAGUCCCUGCCGUCCUUGCUCUUGCCAAGGGUCUCGCCGACUCGUCUGCACUCUUCCGCCAUGAAAUCGCCUUCGUUUUCGGACAGCUCUCCCACCCUGCCUCGAUUCCAGCACUGACCGAGGCGCUCUCCAACACUGAAGAAGCCAGCAUGGUUCGACACGAGGCUGCCGAGGCUCUGGGUAGCCUGGGCGAGGAAGAGGGUGUUGAGGAGAUCCUCAAGCGUUUCCUCCACGACAAGGAAAAGGUUGUGCGCGAAUCUGUCAUUGUUGCACUAGACAUGGUCGAUUACGAGCAGAGUGGUCAAGCAGAGUAUGCUCUGAUUCCAGAGUCAGCUGAAGCCACCGCGGCGGCAUAA